AUGUUGUGUGCAUUGAAGUGCUCGGGUUUAAUAUCCGGCCAGACCAGUGACAGGCCCACGGGCCGAUUAGCAAACACGGGGAUCAAGAAGAAGGUCCUGAAUACUUUUCCUGUGGUAAGCUAUUCGGCUUAUCAGGUGAAGCAACCGGGCUUCGACACUGUUUGUGUGAUAUGUUUGUCGGAAUUUUCUUCCGGUGAGCUCGUUCGAGUCCUUCCCAAGUGCAACCAUGGCUUUCAUGUCCUGUGUAUUGAUAGAUGGCUUAAUAUACACUCCUCAUGCCCUACUUGUAGGCACUGUUUGGUGGAGACAUGUCAGAAGAUUGUGGGCUCUAGCCAGGCUAGUACAUCAGAGCCCCAGUCACCGCCACCGACACCACCACAGUCACCGUCACCGUCAUCCCCGGAAAGCGUAAUGAGGAUUGGUCCACUAGAGCCUGAAGGUCUGUUACGAAAAUGCCAAACAUAA